CUCAUUUCUAUAUAAAUAGGUGCCUGAAGCAAUCGGUACACAAGCGCAUUAGCAGUAGCACAGAAAUCGCUCUGUCUCUCGAUUUAGCCAUACAGGUUUACUGUAACCAUGAGCUGCACAGAAAUAUUGCUCGCUGUCUGCCUACUAAGCAUCCCUUGCAGUCUUGGGGCCAGUGAUGCCGCUUCGGAUCCUGCAUUGGCUGGUGCGGCUGCAGAUGCAAGUACAUCGGACCAGUCAUCAAACUCUGAUCCGUCUACAGUCCCUACUGAUGAGGCGACAGUGCCAGUUACAGAAACCUCAGCGGAUGCCGCCUCAACGGCCGAUGCAGAUACAAACGACUUGACAGAGCAAGCAGACAGCCCAACAAACGAGGGGUCUACGAGUGAGCCUGCAGAAGGCAACGCAGAAGCAGCGCCCACUGAGGACAGCACCACGAACAUGACAACGGGUGGUUCUGAAACGAGUCCUGAUUCAAACGACAACUGCAUAGAGGUCACCAUUCCAAAUAUUUUGGGCAUAGAAAAGUGCCUCAAAGACAAUCUCAACUUGUGUACUGGAGAAAAAACGCUGAUUGAGGGCGUGCUGUUAUUAGUAAACUGUACCGUAAUUGGUGUCUUCGAAAACUUAACUCCAAUGAACGCGCUGAAAAGCGUGCGAGAUGUCCUUGUCGCCAUUCUGAAGAAAGUUCUGCCACCUGUGGCUACAUUGUUGGAGAAGAUGCACAUGUCCUCUUUUAGCACCAAAAUUGAAGAUAACGCAUGUCGCGGAGCUAUCAAGAUCGGUUUUCCCAGCAGCCUUGGCAAGUGCACGGACAAUACGCUGAAGCUUUGCGAGAAUGGAGAGACAGUCGACAUGUCAAUUAUAACGUCACUUCUGUCGACCAUUGGGUGUACACUCGAGACACUGCUCACCACUACGCCAGAUGAGCUCAUCCGCACAUUAGUGUGUGACAUUGCGAGAGCUCUGGGCGCCUUGUUUGGAAAUUUCUUCGGCACACAGCAAUUUAUUCAAAUGGUUGCAGGAGCAACCUGUCCAGCGUCGUAAAUUUCGAAAUAUCAUCAGGCAGGAUGUCAUCAGGCAGCUUCGAAGUGCACGAACAACACUUCGCAAGAGGAACUUGCUUCUCGUUAACAUCACUGGGGCAUAGAGACACCACUGUUCCCACGAAAAUAUUUCUGACUAAUUCACACUCAUGGAUGCCUUCCCUGCAAUAAAACAUCUAGUGUGCUCAGGACGAGUGGAUGGAAACUCAAUCUGUAUUUUGUGCUAAUGUGCUCUCGUAGAAAUAAUGAACAUCACCUCAUCGCAAGACAUUAGUGCACAAUUCCUGCCACCACAGAGAAAUUGUGAUCAUCACGCCAACAUCACGCAAAUGAUACAACUACUAAUCCUGCUAAUUUCCAUAUUUCUUUUACCAUAGGCCAGCGUCCUGUCAAUUCUUUGAUAAAUGUGUUUCAUUAAAGACAAUAUGCGCAUA